GAUGACUCGUUUUUGUGAUUCCUUCGCGACGAAAGGAAAGCAGCGAGUGGAACUGCGAAUUGUACAUUUUUUGGUGAAUUUUCUUCUUUUUGUGGCGGUGUGCGUGUUUCUAAACAGCAAAAUUAGUUUAAAACCUCGCUAAAAACUAAUUGUUGAAAAGCGUUGCAAGAAUUGCUCAUUUGCGCUCCUAAAGGAGACAAAAAUCCGAAGAGUUUAUUCGGCAAACCGGACAUUUUAGCCUAUGUAAAUCUUUGUUAUCUUUCGGCACGUCGAAAAGGAAAGACCUUAGACUAAUCGAUUUUCUUAGCCGUAUUUGUUCGUGUGAAGCUGUGUGUUGCGUAGUUUUCCUGCACAACCAAGUGCUUCGUAUAGAAAAAAAGCUACAAAAUUGGACCGGUUUUUCCGGAUACAGAGAAAGACAGCCAGUAGGGCUUUGCCGUGAGCGCCAGAAAACUAUGUUGCCCUUCAGUCCCCCAAUUGUAAAACGCCUACUUGGCUGGAAGAAAGCCUCCGCCGAUGAUUCCGUCGAAGGCAAAUGGUGCGAGAAAGCGGUGAAAAGCCUGGUGAAAAAGCUCAAAAAGUCCAGCUCUCUAGACGAACUGGAACGGGCCAUUACGACUCAAAAUUUCAACACCAAGUGUGUCACGAUACCAAGAGCCCGUCCAGCCAGUGGCGAAAAUGGAGUUGCGCUGAGAAAAGGUCUUCCGCACGUUAUCUACUGCAGACUUUGGCGUUGGCCUGAUCUUCAGAGUCAAGCUGAAUUGAAGGCCCUGGAUAUCUGUGAAUACGCGUACCAUCUCAAGAAAGACGAGGUGUGCAUCAAUCCUUACCACUACACUAGAACAGAUCCCCAGCAGCCAUUGACGAUUUUAGUACCGAAAAGCCUCUCCACAUCUCAGGCAGGUGAAGGUUCCGUUACCUACACUUUGGAUGAUUUAAGCAACACUGUACCAGUCAAUAUUCAGUACAAUAACGCAUUGAAUGAAAACUAUGUAACCAGUCCACAACCAGUACAACAGCAAACACAACAAGCUGCCCCGUCAUACAUGGAGGUCACACUGAGUCAGCAGAUCCCGACGAACACCAGGAUUAUGGACUCGGUGAAUGUCGGUGUGAGCACAAUCCCAAACACCGAGACGCCCCCGCCUGGAUACAUGUCAGAAGACGGUGAUCCUCUCGAUCAGAAUGAUAAUAUGACGGAUAUGUCCCGUCUGUCGCCUGCAAUGGAUGCACAACCGGUGAUGUAUCACGAGCCUGCGUUCUGGUGUUCGAUCAGCUAUUACGAGCUGAAUCUACGCGUUGGUGAAACCUUCCACGCUUCCCAACCAUCGAUUACGGUGGACGGUUUCACAGAUCCAUCAAACUCCGAAAGGUUUUGUCUGGGUCUCCUGUCCAACGUCAAUCGCAAUGAGGUGGUUGAACAAACCCGUCGCCACAUUGGCAAAGGCGUCCGGUUGUACUACAUAGGAGGCGAGGUCUUUGCCGAAUGUCUUAGUGACUCCAGCAUUUUUGUACAAAGUCCUAACUGUAAUCAGCGAUACGGGUGGCAUCCGGCCACCGUGUGUAAGAUACCACCCGGGUGUAAUUUGAAAAUAUUCAACAAUCAGGAAUUCGCAGCUUUAUUAUCGCAGUCCGUUUCACAGGGAUUCGAAGCGGUCUACCAGCUAACUAGAAUGUGUACGAUUAGAAUGUCCUUUGUUAAAGGAUGGGGCGCAGAGUACAGACGACAAACCGUUACCUCAACACCAUGCUGGAUUGAAUUGCAUUUAAACGGUCCAUUGCAGUGGUUAGACAGGGUUCUCACCCAGAUGGGCUCACCACGAUUGCCAUGUAGUUCUAUGUCAUAAAAUGUCAGAGUAAACUAAAUUAAUACUAAAGAAGAAGUGCGCAAAUAGAAGACACUAAAAGUUUGCGAUAGCUGCUAUCGAUGUGAAGUUGUAAAACAGUAAGAAAAAAAAACGAGAUAUCAGACAUAUUAUGAAUCCCUACUACAAAUUGAGGUAUGCUGAAAAACAAACCCGAGUGGGAUACUGUAAUUAAAACGAUCGAUACCAGUUUUGACUAGUUUAGUUCUAAGAUUGAACUGCUUUUUGCAUAAUUAUCAAUUAUUUUAAAGUUCGUUGAAAUAAUUCACGUUUCCCAAGUAGCGACGUUAUACCUAACAUUUGGCCGGAAACAAAUCAUUACCUUAUAGCGCUUCGCUCAGAUAGAGUGUGAAACAAGUGACUAAAUAUUAUGAAACCUAUUUUUUUGUUAGCAGUUCCCUUGUUUUACUACGAUUGUUUCUGUAGAAGUAAGUGUAUACAUUAUAGCGUUUGUGUUUUUCUAAUACAAAUGAGAGCAACCUUUUAGACGUACUUGCUUAAAGCAGCAUUAAUCUAUUGAUUGCAUUAAUGCAUACACGAAACCUUCACUUUGUUGUAAACAUAUUUUAUAUGUAACUGUUGAAAAUCAAAUAAAAAGCGAAAUUCAAAAUUUCCACUUCCAACGCAGCUAAGCUCUGUUUAUGUACGACGACGGUAAGAUAAAUGAGAAAAGAAUACUGAUUAAAUUGGGUAGAAGAUUGGUAAUCAUAAAAUUUACGAAGGGACAAUUAAAGAGCAGUACACUAUUUUCUGAAAAGAUUUAAUGAACCAUUUUGAAGUGAUACGAUUAUAGAUUUACGAAAGGUGAAAGUGAAAACGCGAUAUGCGGCACAUAUAUGAUGUUUGUGUUUUUAUCCAAUAUCUGUUUGUUUUCCUUUUCGUAUGAAAAGUCAAAUAAUUGCGAAACCAGCAAGACAAAAAUAGUGGUUAGUUGCUUGAAUACACAAUAAAAAUCAAAACAAUGUUUGUUCGAUGAUUUCGAAUUCCACAUUCAUA